CUCAUAAAUAAGUCUUAAUUUUACUGAAUUAAUAAGCGCUUAAAAUAUUAUACCGUAAUACAAUAAAAAUUAAUAAACUAUUAACUAUAUUAGUACCACCAUGAUAACUAUAUUAAAAAUUGUAUUAAUUAUUACAUUAACCGUAUAUUAUGUAUAUGCCCAAUACGGGCCCACUAAGGGGUGUGGACAGUUGCUCACAGACCCAGCAGCGGUGGUCACAAAAAAUGGUUGGGUAGCAAUGGUGUACCGAAAGGACCAGACAGAUGUCAAAAAGGACCCGAUAGAUAACAAGUGCCUGGCUAGUAUAAUCAAGGAUAACUGGUUAGUGGGCGCCGCCAGUUGUUUCACAUUGAAAGACGAUCAAUACAUGGUUAAGAUACCGAAUAACAUGACCAAGGGACCUUUUCACGUGGAUAAAAUAUACAAAUCCAAGGAAUACAACCCAACUCUGGGCGCCGGCUAUGAUUUGGCGCUCAUUAAGCUUAAGAAUGGCCUACAGUUGAAAGUGAACCCCAAAAUCAUAAGCGCCAUAUGCCUGUCCGACUACGGCUUUGACUCGGCUAUAAAUGUAAACAGCAAUUGCUCGUUAGACAGCUGCGACACCCCCGGCCACCUUAUAUCCGAGCAAAUUGUAACGAAAGACGAGGGUGACUGCAAAAAGCUGUACCCCAAGUAUAAGGAGGGCUAUAUGUUUUGCGGAAACAUACCCGUCCAUUGGUUAAAUAGCGGCGCCCCUGUCACCUGUAAGGACAGUAACCUCCAGGAUAAGGGCCCGUUCUUUUUGAGCGCCAUGGCCUCGUGGGGUCGGUACCCGGAUGAUUACAAAAAGGUCAAAGACAUUGAUAAGGCGGAUGUCUAUACGAAACUCUAUGGAAAGCAUUAUAUCUCAUGGAUUCAAAAGACUAUUGAGGAGGACGAGAGCCAUUCACUAAAUCUUUAAUUAAAUAUGUAUUUUAAAA